CUUUCAGAUAUCAGCAGAUGUCAGCAGACGGUCUACACCAUCGUCCUUUCAAUAGGCCUUUGCAACAACCUAUAACCUUACAAAUUCUAAGAGAGCAAUUACAAAAAACACUUGACAAGGAUCAAGUCGUCCUACCAGAUGGAGAAGCGCUGAAAGUUGUUCUCGUUUCAUUGGAUCCACUUAUAGCAUCGUGGAGAAAACGAGACAAACAGUCAGAAAGAUAUCUAAAGGGUUUACUGCUUAUAUUGGAGUAUUGCUUAGCACAUUCAACCGACGAAAACCAAUGUUUUGAAUCGCUUGUCACAUCACUCGGAUAUAACACUGUUCAGUUUUGGAGAGUUGCUGUUCCCUACAUAUUUGAUUCGGAUUUAGCUUACGGAACCAAGUACAGAGAUGCUUUGCUAUUUGCUUUGACUCUCUAUGAUGUAAAUACUGGAAAAAGUCGACUAAGGGAGCUCUAUGCUGCUGUACCAGGCAUAAGAAAAUCGCUUCUGGGUCAAAAUGCAAAACAAUUUGGAGAGCGUUUCCAUCAUCUUCAAAAACGAAUUUCUCGACAUUCUUCACAAGUAAGCUUGGAAGGAAGCGAAAUGGAUGAGGAUAAACCUGAAUCUAUUACUGCUGCUAGACAAUCCACUGGGGAACGAUCUAGGACUUCGUCACAUUCUGAAGACGAAGCCGAAUCCCAAGAACCACGAAUUCCAAUGGGCGGGAUUGCCAAUACACAUUUUCAACAACGCGUGAUUAAUGUAUCAAACGCUCCACCAGUAUCUCUCAAAAGGGGCAAAACUGGUGACUGGAACAUCAAGCAAGGAUCAGGAGGCCUGGUAUCCUGUGUGGAUCCAGUGAUGACAAAAGACCACGAAAAUAUUUGGUUAGCAAAUCUGGGAAUGAAUAUCAAAGACAGGAGGAAGUCGUUAUCCUCUGAAAAAUCCACUGAAGAAUCCGAACAUACAGCCAUGGCUCCAUCAACAAAUUCUCUUGGUUUACCACUUAUCAAACAAGCGAUGGCCGAGGUAUUCUUCCAUGUUUUGGCCGAUGAUGAUAAACCCGAACAAGAAUUUACUCCUGAGCAGAAAAAGGCGAGGGAAGAAAUGUCCCUGCUUGGUGUGCUCAACAAUUACAAUAGAGGAAAUUACAAGCUGAAUCCGGUUGUUGUUCAAGAAGAAGAUUAUAAUGUCUACUAUGGUGGAAUAAGUAAUGGUCUUCUAUGGCCAGCUUUGCAUAAUCUACCCGAAUAUAUUGUACAGGACUAUGACUCGCCCAAGGUGCUACGCGACCAUUGGUGCGCUUACGUAAGGGUGAAUUACCAGUUUGCAAUCGAUGCUGUAAGGAAUAGUCGACCACAGGACUUCAUAUGGAUCCACGACUAUCAUCUCAUGCUUACGGGAAUGAUUAUGCAGUCAUUAGACCCAAACUUGGAGGUUGGAUUCUUCCUCCACAUUCCAUUUCAACCACCACCAGAGUUCUUCACGAAGUAUGCCACCUGUGCUUUUCCUGUUUUAAGAGGCUUGUUGAGAUUCACAAAGGUUGGGUUUCAAACUCAUCGGGAUCGUGCCGAGUACAUAAAACUAGUGCAAAAACAUCUGAAAGGUGUUACCGUAACUCAUGAUCAGCAUUGGGACAUAGAUACAGUGACGCACGAGGGUUGGACAUGCUCGUUGGGUGUUUUCCCAGUAAGCAUCAAAAAUGACGAUUUCCUCAAAUUUGUACAAAUGCCAGAAACAGCUGUCAAAGCAGCUGCCAUAAGAAAGAAGAUAAUGGGCGAAAAUCCUCCCAAAGAUGGCAGAAUGUUCUUCUCCGUUGAACGAUUUGAUUAUACGAAAGGAAUCAAAGAAAAACUUGCUGCAUAUAGACGAUAUUUCGAAAAAUAUCCAGAUCGUGUGGGCAAGGAUACCCUUUAUCAGGUUGCCGUGACAAAUCGACGAUCAGUGCAAACUUAUCGGGUUUACCAAGACGUUUGCCUGGACAUGGCCAAGAAAAUCAACGAAGAUUUUCGUGAUCCGAAAAGACCAGAAUGGAAGCCUUUGAUAUUCCAAACAGAUGGACUGCCAAGAGCAGAUCUGGUUGCAGCGUAUAUGGCUAUGGAUAUCGGUGUGGUAACACCAAAGAAAGAUGGAAUGAAUUUGGUAGCUAAAGAAAUGCUAGUUUGCAAUCCUCAAGCAGGUCUCGUUUUAUCUACCGGUGCCGGAUCCGAAGUACAGUUCACUACAUCUGGAUUGUACAAGGAAGAUGGAGUAAAGAAUUACCAUCGCGUUGCCGAUCUAUUUGACACUGAGGACUAUGCUGAUGUGUUCUAUCGAUCUGCUACGGAAAGUGAAGAAACCAGAAAAGCUCAUGGAAAAAGAAUGAGUGAAUUCAUUUUAUCUAAUGAUAUAGAAAGAUGGAGUGCUGCAUUCUUGGAUCCAAGUUGGACCCAUUUGGUGAUCCGACCCAUGCAGGUAACAACGCUGGAGGAUUUUUUCUCACUUAUGAUGCGCACAAGGAAUGUUAGAAGACAAAUUGUUGACAGAGUGCUCAAGGGUAUACCAAUCAGGCCACAUUUCGCAAUAAGUAUUCGCAAUGCUAAGGAAUCUCUCGAAAACAGCAUGAAUCUAGACUUAAAUUUGUUAGUACUCAAAGCGUCAAACGAUUCUCCAGACACUGCCAAAUUUGAUAUUAAAAAUGAGCUGGAAGAGUUUGAAAAGGAUUUAUUAUUCAUGGACUAUGCACAAAGUGAAGAUGUGGACAAUGUGGAACAAUUUGUUGAUACACUCUGCAGCUCUCAUCCUGAAUCUGUAGAAAAAUUCAAGGAGGAAGUUGGAAAGGCAGUCGACCUCCUUUACGAUGCUGACCACCUUCACUACUUCUUCACCGACAGAGAUGGAACGUUGAAGAGCUAUGCAUGCAGCUAUCCUUCUAGUAUCCAGCCAGCCUAUUCUGGGGUUAUCCAGGCUCAGUUUGCUCGACGAUGCGCUCAAACAUGCUGUAUCCUAACAACCGCACCAAUGAUGCACAUAGGUGUGCUCGAUGUAUCCACGAUACCCCCUGGUUACUACUAUUAUGGUGCGUCUGCUGGUCGAGAGUGGUUUAUUGAUCCUACGAAUAAGUUUAAGGAUACGAGUAUACCUGAGAAAUACCUGGGAAUGCUGGACAGUGUUUUCGAGCAAGUCUCCACCCUACUGGAACGAACAGAGUACCGGGUAUUUACGUGGGUUGGCUCUGGCCUUCAGAAGCACUAUGGUCACCUGACUAUAGCUCAUCAAGAUAUUUACGGUUCAGUAAACAAAACCCUAAGUGAACAGCUCUUUGAUGAGAUUAACCGCAUCGUCAUUAUGGAAGACCCUGAAGGAACAGUCUUGGAUGUAGUCAGAUCAAAACUGGACAUCAAAGUAAUGUUGAAGGAUAAAGGUGCCGGACAGCAUUUCAACAAAGGGCAUGGAAUAAGAAUGUUGUGUGAGAAGAUGAAAUGUGACCUCAAGGAAGGAAAUAUUCUGGUCUGCGGCGAUUCUGCGACGGAUUUACCAAUGUUACAAGAGUGCUUACAACAAAAUCCAUCUGGCGUCUAUACUAUCUGGGUUACAUCAGAUCCAAAUCUACAAAAACAAGUCCGUGAUAUGUGCGGCGCACACGACAACAAGAACAUUGCCUUUGUCAGCUCACCUGAAGUGCUACUGGGAGCGAUGGCAGAGGCGACAAUCCGAGAAAUCAGCAUAGCACGGCCCGGAGAAGCCUAGAGUACCUUGUGCCCUGCUUUUUGAUUUAACUGCUAGUUUACUAACCCAUGUAAAAACGGUUCUGAGUGCUUACGGGCAAUAUGUGCCUGCAGUAUUAUGUGCUAUUAUAUGCUGCAGAUAUUACUGUGACCCGAUAUUCACUGCUUUCUAACUCAAAAUAAGUAUUUGCUAUAGAAUUCUAGCAAAUUUCCAUUAUUAUGUAAGUAAUUGCUGAAGUGGCAGAUUAUUCUUGCUUCAACAUUCUAUUCUCAUGAUGCUUUGACAUCUGCGCGCCUUAUCACCCAAUGCUCAAUGCUUUCUUGAUGAACGAUGGACUUUUCUUGAAGUGUCCUCUUCUACCCCCUUUUCUGUGAUCACAAGUUUGGCACUUAUAUUUUUUACCUAUGACGUCUAGAUUUGACUUCCUGCCAUAAGGAAAUGUGAGAUUAUAAAGGUGGGAAGCUGUACGAAUUGUGAUUAUUUGUUUGAUGCAUAAAAAUU